UGUUCUUAGUUCAACUUGACAGUUAUUCUGAGCAUAACGAAGCGAUGCAACUCUUUGUUGGGUGAAGUGGUGAGAAAUCUUCCUCCGGAACAACAUUCGCUGGAUUAAAUGCUCCUCUUCACAUCGCAGGCUGACAUCUGUUCUUGUCAGUUGCAGUAACGGGACAUAGUCUGCGCAGAAGAGCACUUAUUUCAUAGUUAGCUAACGCUAGCGUGCUAGCUGCAGUUCGGGGGGAUGUCGCUCCACGGUAAAAGAAAAGAAAUCUACAAAUACGAGGCGCCAUGGACGGUGUAUGCGAUGAACUGGAGCGUCCGGCCCGACAAACGCUUUCGACUGGCACUCGGGAGCUUUGUGGAGGAAUACAACAACAAGGUUCAGCUGGUGGGUCUGGAGGAGGAGAGCUCAGAGUUUGUCUGCAGGAACACGUUUGACCACCCGUACCCCACCACCAAGAUCAUGUGGAUACCCGACACCAAGGGGGUUUACCCGGACCUGUUGGCCACCAGUGGAGACUACCUGCGCAUCUGGAGGGUCAGCGACACAGAGACGCGCCUUGAAUGUUUGCUGAACAACAACAAGAACUCAGACUUCUGUGCACCCCUCACCUCUUUUGACUGGAAUGAAGUUGAUCCCAAUCUGCUGGGCACUUCCAGCAUUGACACCACCUGCACCAUCUGGGGACUGGAGACCGGUCAGGUGCUAGGGCGAGUUAACCUGGUCUCUGGACAUGUGAAGACUCAGCUGAUCGCUCAUGACAAAGAGGUGUAUGACAUUGCGUUCAGCCGUGCAGGAGGCGGCAGAGAUAUGUUUGCCUCUGUUGGGGCUGAUGGGUCUGUCCGCAUGUUUGACCUCCGACACCUGGAACACAGCACCAUCAUCUAUGAAGACCCCCAGCACCACCCGCUUCUCCGCCUCUGCUGGAACAAGCAGGACCCCAACUACCUGGCCACGAUGGCCAUGGACGGCAUGGAGGUGGUCAUCCUGGAUGUACGUGUGCCGUGCACACCAGUGGCUCGGCUCAACAACCAUCGCGCCUGUGUUAACGGCAUCGCCUGGGCCCCCCACUCCUCGUGUCACAUCUGCACUGCAGCUGACGACCACCAGGCCCUGAUCUGGGACAUUCAGCAGAUGCCACGGGCCAUUGAGGAUCCCAUCCUGGCCUACACUGCUGAAGGGGAGAUCAACAACGUGCAGUGGGCCUCCACACAGCCAGACUGGAUCGCCAUCUGCUACAACAACUGCCUGGAGAUCCUGCGUGUCUAAGGCUACGGACACUUCGAUGAAGAUUUGAAGGAGUGUUUUGUUUCAGAUUUGGACUUGUUUUUUUCCCCCCUCAUCCCACUUCAAGACGAGGAUGAGGUCAUGAGUGGACUUUCUGAAGGUGUUCGGAGUAUCACAUACCAACUCCACAAUAACCUGUUUUACAUUUUCCUCCACGUCUUUACUUCAUUCUUCUAUUAAGUGUGUUUAUGCUCUUAUUUAUUUUGCUCACAAGGUAGUGUUCAGCAUCAGCACAGCAGCUAAGACGAUUGAACUCUGAGCUGUUGUCUUUGAAAAUCCAAUCUUUUUAUACUCCUUGGUGUGAUUUCAGCCAGAUGUGAGAUUAUCAUAAAGGGUUUAGAUGUCGUGUGUUUCAUCUGUUUGAUUUGUAAAGGUUGAUUAAAAACUACUAUAGGUGGCAGAUGUCCUCUCGAAUAUGUAUGAAUAUGUUGUAGCCUUAUUGUGGACUCAUACCAUAUUAUUGCUGAUUCAAAGAUCAGUAUAUUUUUGUUUCGUUAACCUCUGUGGCAAUUAAAAUGUUCUGGUAUCCUCUCUCCACAUAAUUGUAUUCAGGCUCUAACUUGUGACCUUUGAAACUUUUAAAAAUUGUAAAAAUUACCAGAGGGGGCUUCAUAUCGUCACUGCGGUGGUGUCUGUCAUCAUAUAGUAAGUUGGGCUGUUGAUACUGUGAGUCAGCCGUGUACAGCAACACUGAGAACCUACCAGAGCAAUGUUGUUCAGUCUCCCACCUUCCUAAUUAUCUUCUUCUUCUUCUUCAUCAUUUUAUUUGUAGAAGAUUGUGCUUGGAAAGCUGCAUUUUCUUUGUGUUAGAGUGCUUUGUGAAACGAGAGGAGAGCGAAACAUCUUUCUAACUGCGUCUGCCUCUCUUUUUGUUGUUUUCAAUAAUUAAAGGGUCAUGUCCUUGUAGCAUGCCAUUACAAGGCAAAAUGUACAUACAUAUAAAUAUAUCAACGCGAGAUGUUGGUAAGCCAAGUGUUCAUGUUGUAGCUUUUUUCAUAAAGUUUAUUAUUGAAUUUGCUCUAAUAAAUUGUAUUCCUCCAUGUCUUAGGAACAAA